GUGCGGUCAUGGCUGAGGUUGGAUCCUGUAAACAGUUGGCCGACCACAGAGGGGCGGGGCUUCAGGAGGAGGAUGCGGCGGUCCCUGCGUACUGUAGAGAAGGGCUGAGGAUCGGAGGCACCGAGUUCUGCUUCGAGGAGCGAAGAGCCCAAAAAUACUUCCAGCAAAAACAGCAGAAGAUGGACGAGAGGAUGAAGCAGAUGCAAGAAGUGGAGCAGCAGCUGCUUCAGGAGCUGGAGGAGAAAACGAGACUUCUGGAGCAAAGACGAUCACAGCAGACCAGAGGCUCCGCCCCUCAGCCACGUGACUCAGGUAGACCUCCGGCCCCCCCAACCGCCGCGUCCUUCCAGAUAUUUGACGAGUCUCAGUCACAGCCGACCGCUGCUGCUGCUGCACGGCCUUCUGGGAAGUCAGGUGAGGACGAGGUCUUCCUCCAGCCUGAUGAGACAGGACCGAGCAUCCAGUGUCAUCGUCCAGGUGACGUCGUUCCGUCUGCACGCGCUCAGAUGGAGCCCCGCCCCUCCCACAGGAAGGAGCUGAGUCCCAUCCAGGAAGCAUCAUCACUGGGAGCAAUGCCUGCUGGGAACUGUAGUCCACUGGAGGAGGAACACCCCCCCACACCUGCAGGGGGCGCUGUGGAUCCCUGUGACCCAGACAUUCGGCGGCGGCUGCUGGACCUCUGUGAUGUCACUUCCUGCCCAGACCUCCACUCAGAGCCCCGCCCCCUCCCCACGGUGGAGGAGCACAGCUGUUUGCAGCUGGGUGUGUUAUCAAUAAUCAGUAAAGGGUUAAUCAGUUAUAACUCCUCAAUAUAA